AUGUCUACUACUCGUCCUACCGUUACACACAUUGGGAGGUCUACUUAUACUCCGUUCAACCCACCUACUUACAACGCUACAGUCAACUCGAACAGCACCACAAACGAUGAUUCUACAACAAGUAUCUUAGCAAAGGUGUUUGCAGACUCAGUGAACCUUAAUAGGCUACCUAUACCUGAGCCGUCAGUGUUCACAGGAGAUCCACUUAGAUUCGUAGAAUGGAAGACAGCCUUUCAUGCAUUGAUAGAACAUAAAGGCAUUCCUGAGCAAGAGAUACUAUUCUAUUUGAAGAGAAACGUGGCGGGUGAAGCACUACAAGCCAUAGAUGGAUUCUUCUACAAUGGAAGCAACUCUGCAUAUGAAAACGCCAGACGAGUCCUGCAGGACAGAUACGGACACCCAUUUGUUAUGCAGAAGGCAUUUAGGAAGAGACUAGAGAAUUGGCCCAAAAUCACAGAAGGGAAUUCAAAGGCUCUCAGAGAUUUUGGAGACUUCCUACUAGCCUGUCGAGAUGCAACGCCUCAGGUUCCAAGCCUUAAAAUUCUGGACGACUGCUCUGAAAAUCAGAAACUAUUGAGCAAACUUCCUAAUUGGGCUGCACUGCGUUGGAAUCGACAAGUUCAAGAAACUAUUGACUCUACUGGUGAAUAUCCAUUAUUCUCCAAGUUUGUGGACUUCGUCGUAAAGGAGGCUCGCAUUGCUUGUAAUCCAGUCUCGUCAAUCUAUGCGCUCAAGGACACUGACACAAAACCUGCCAGAGAGCACAAAAACUCGAGUCGCAAAGCAAAUGUCCUCGCAACGACUUCAACUCAUCAGCACAAUGCAACGGGAACUGAUGUCAGACCCAACUUAUGUGAUUAUUGUGAGAAAGAAGGACAUCCCUUGUUCAAGUGCGAGAAAUUUAUUGACUUGUCUAUUGAUGAUAAACGAGUGGUAGUGCGUAAGAAAAACCUGUGCUUUGGAUGUCUACGCAAGGGCCACAGAAACAAGGACUGCAAGAAGAAGCAUACGUGUGGUAUCUGCAAGGGAAAACACCCAACCUGCAUGCAUGAAGAUGAAUCACCAACAAGAAAGCAACAAUUAGAGGUCAAGGUAGCCAGUUCCUCUCGUGUGAGCAGAGGAUAUGGUCACAGCACCUCCAUGAUCGUUCCAGUGUGGCUUUCUGUUCAGGAGAACCCCUCGCACGAGAUAUUGACAUAUGCUCUCUUAGACACACAAAGUGACACUACCUUUGUACUAGACGAAACGGCUGCUGCCUUGCAUGUGAAUAGACAACCAACACGUCUCAGCUUGUCUACCAUGACCUCGCAGCACACUAUCAUUAACAGUUUCCGUAUACAGAACCUGAUAGUGAGAGGGUUCAAGUGUACCGAAUUUGUGACAAUAGACAAUGCAUAUACGAGAGACUUCAUUCCUGCGGAUCGCUCACAUAUACCUGAAAAGAAAACCGUAAUGAGCUGGCCACACCUGAAGGAGCUUAGCAACGAACUACCACCUCUUCAGUCAUGUGAAUUUGGACUCUUGAUUGGAUACAAUUGUCCUCAAGCUCUUGUACCAAAAAAAACUCUAACAGGAAACGAGAACCAGCCAUAUGGCAUCCAGACACUGCUUGGUUGGAGCGUGGUUGGAUACACAGAUCGCACAGACUCAGACGUUACUGUUGUUUGUCACAGAACUUCAGUGAAGGAGCUGCACAGCUGUACACCCAGGGAUGUCAUAAAAACUUUGGAGAAAGACUUUGCGCAUGACAAGAAUGAAGAUAUAAAGAUAUCUCAAGAUGAUAUCGCCUUCCUUAACUUUAUGAAAGAAAACAUACAGCAGCAUGAGGAUAAGCAUUUGGUAAUGCCUCUACCAUUCAAGGAGCGACCCUCCCUGCCCAACAACAAGUCACUUGCUUUGAUUCGCUUAGAUCAUCUGAAACGAAAACUUAAAAGAGACCAGACAUAUCAAGAACAUUACUAG